AGUUGUUUGGCUCUCAAGUUGAGUGUUGGGGCCUUUUCCGGAUCUUCCCGAGACUUCCAACAUGGGAAAGUGUGGAUGUUGCACCGCGAAGUGCCAAGCUAUCACAGGGCUUUGCAGUGCCCCGCUCAACCUGUUUGUGGUGAUCUGGGCCAGCAUGGAGAAGGCGAGAUGGACGCCGGUGGUUGUACCCAUGCAGUGCGAGAAUGCGCCACUUCCCGCCACCAGGCUGUCAGCCAUCAGCAUGCCUUCGCCUCUGGCUGAGGCAAUGGGCAUGCAGCCAGGGGCGCUGCCGAACGGCCUCUAUCUCAACGUGAGCUCCAGCACCUCAUGCAGCAACCCCGGGCAGGCAGACAUCACCAUAGUGGCGUCCGGCUUCGAGACGACGCUCCUGGCCCCAAACCUCACAGAUCUCGCCGCAGGCGGACUUGGCAAGCCGUACGGGAUCACUGGGAAAAUCCGACUGAGCCAGGACCUGGCGCUUCCGAGCACAGGCCAGGCCAACAUGGUGACAGUGACUGAAGUGGCACAGACUGUGGAGGAGGUUCUGGCCGGCAUGAGCCCGUCAUCCAUCCAGCAGGGCUAUUCUGUAGGCUUCUCACGCAGUGUCCAAGUGGUGAAGACGUGCUCCAGCGUCCUGGGCUUGUCUUCAUGCAUUGACUCAACGAUUGAGCUGUUCUGCGGGAGCUAUGCUGGGAGCUGCUUGGCAGAGGUCCUUGAUGCCUCAGGGUCCCCUGUGGUUCCGGCCCAGUUUGAGCCUGCCAUUUGUGCCUACACCGGGCAGCUUUGCGGCCAAGAGGCGGAGGUGCAUGCACAGCUGGACGCGACGGGUCUGGGCAUCCAGGUUCUGACUCAGGUUCCAUGUGCAGCUUCAACGGGGCUGCCCAACACCACGCUGUGCAAUGUCGUGUCAGCCCCGGGUGUUGAUUCCACCACCUUUCUUGCCAAGACCAUUGAGCCGCCCAUGGUCUUCACCACGGAGGAGCAAGCUAGGCAGGCGGAGAUGGCCGCAGCCGCCGAGGCGGCGAUCAACUGGCUGAUUCUGCCGGCGCUCAUUCUUAACUCCUUCUUCUUUUUCUCGAACUUGUUCUCAGGCCUCUUCAACCUGCGCAAGCACUUGCGAAUGAAGGCGCAAGAGCCAAAAGACGCGCAAGGGGCUCCGACUCCGCCCGCUUUGGCCAUAGUUAUGGCUGCGGGCGUCAUUGAUGACCCUUAGUGUGGCGCAUGUUGCAAUUAAUACCAGGAAUUCGUUUUUGUUUGGCUUAGCUCUCCAGCCAGGGGAAGCCGGGAAGCUGGAAAGCCAGAUGCGGGCCUGUUGUGAUCAACAUCCUACCCUGCCAUGCAGCGAUGUUACCAGAUCAUUGAACA